AUGCCAACACCCCCAUCUCACCCGAUCGCUCGCUCGCAUGCCGCUCAGUGCUCACAAGCCUCCAAGCCUCCAAUACCCCAGUAUCCUCUUCAAAACCCCAAGUUCACGUCUAUGCCUGCGCAUCGCGAGCAGACUCUCGGUAUUCCACCCUCUAUCCUCCAUCCUCCAUCUUCUACCAUCUUCCAUCCCCCAUCCUCUAUCACCGAUAGCUAUACCUCCGUCACCGAUGCCUCCAUCCUCUAUCUUCCAUCCAUCCUCCAUCAACGGACGACGGAAACGGUUGUGGGACGAAGGAAACGGAAACGCGAUUCGUCUUCACACUACGUCCGAGUUGGAGCGGCUUUGCUGUUCCAUGGAUUCUGCGCGGGUGUGCUAUAUAGCUACGAACACCACGGACACCACGGACAUGACGAACACGAGCGCGGCGUUGUGAAGCUAUGCGAAUGCGAGUUCGUCCGUGCGCGUGACACUUCGAUACUUCGACACUUCUCUCAAAGUUUCAAAAUCUCGAAGUUUCAAAGUCUCAAAGUCUCAAAGUCUCGACGUCCCAUAGCUUCAAACCCCCAACACUGUCUCCCUGUACCGAAGGCCCGAAGCGACCUCCAGUCUUAA